UUCACCUUCGCGACGCCAGAGCCCCGCGCACUCUCGACGCUUUACAGUCGCUUCCUCCCGUACACGCUGACCCGGGAUCGCCACCCCUUACUCCCCAGGCCGUGUGAGUUGCCUUGAACCGGGGCUCCGAGCUCGCACAAUACCCCACCACCGCUCACAGCCGGUGCUCCGAACGCAAUCUCGUCCCGCCAAUAUGCCCACAGUCGAGACAACGAAGGUCUCUAGGGCCGGUAUAACGACAUCCGAGACUGGUGAGCGACAUGUCCCAUCGUCCACGCGCGCCGACGGCUCCGUGCGGAAAGAAAUAAGGGUUCGUCCCGGCUACCGCCCGCCCGAGGACGUCGAGAUCUAUAAAAAUCGCACCGCUGAGGGCUUCCGGAACCGCAGCAAGGGAGGUGUCCCUGGCGCUGAAGGAUUGAAGGAGGAGGAAGACCCUGCCAAAGGAAGCCCUGCCGCCAACAAGAAUGCCAAGCGCAGGGAGGCCAGGAGGAAGGCAGCCGCUGCUGCUGCGGACACCAACGAUACCGCUGAGCAUGCACCCGCCGAGGACAAGGCCACAACGGAAUCAACACCGCCCACCGAUCCCGAGGCCGAAAAGGAGAAGGAAGCAAAGAAGCUGAUGAAGAAGCUGCGCCAAGCAAAAGAGCUCAAAGACAAGAAGGAGAAGGGCGAUGUUCUGCUGCCAGAGCAGUUUGAAAAGGUGAUUAAGAUAAGCGAGCUUAUACGGCAGCUGGAGAGCUUGGGAUUUGAUGCACAAGGCGAGAAGAAAGACGGCUGA